CGGAGACUCCCGGAGCCGGAUCUGGCCCUCUCCCUGCGCUGUAGGCCGGUUCCCCGCGGCGCUAGCAGCUGCCACCAUGGCCACCAAACCCAUUCUGGACUCGAAGCAGACCGAGGAGGUGGUGCAGGGCAUCCGGACGGAAGUGGUGUGCACGGCCUUCGCCAACACCCUCCUCGUGGUGGUGACGCAGUAUGGGAAGAUGGGCACCCUCGUCUCGGUGGAGCCUGACGUGGUGGCCGAUGGCGUCAGCAAGCCGUUGAUCACCACCAAAGUCCUCCUCGGCAAGGAUGAGCCUCUCGUCCACAUCUGUGCCAAGCAUCUGGUGGCGUCAAUCUCUCAGGAAGCCGGGAACAAGCCCGUCCUCCUCGCCAUGGCCUUGAAGGACAAAAGCGUCGAGGGCAUUCGGACUUUGCGGGAGGUGAUCCAGAGGUGCAGGGUGUGGUGAGCACGCGCUGCCGGCAUGGAGGGAAUUUACCCUGGCUGAGUCAGCCACCUCUGGGAGGUAGACUUUGACCCUUGUGGAUCUGACCCAACUGUCUUGGCUAUGCGGUAGGGGAGGAGCAUCGAAUCCUGAUACGACCCUGUUGAGCUCAAAUGCCAUUUUCAAGACAGAGAUGAAAAUGUCAUCUGCCGCCUGGAACUUUGUUUUCCUUUGUAAGCGCCGAUUUGGUUUUUUAAAAACCCUCUUGUCCUUUAAUUUCCCUUUUGAGAAGUACACGAUCCAGCCGUCCUUAAGCACUCUAAAGUCCUGUGGAUUUCCAUCGGCGAGCUCUCUCGGGGUGGGGGGGCAACGGGACUUGCAGCUUCGUGUCUUGCAAAUAGGUCCUAGUGAGCGGAGUGGGGCCUGUCGCUCAGUAAGUGUGUAAAAGUGAUGAAUUCUGGCUGGAUCAGACCCAGGGAGUUUUGGAAAGGGUGUGGAAGUUUCUGUUCAUUUUUUUUAAAAAAAAUUCCUCUUUCUGCCGUGGAUGCAAAGCCGUUUCCAGAAAGCCACGGCCAGGACUGAGAAACCGAAUCCUUCGCUUCCAACAUGCUUUUUACCUCUUUCUCUGCCCUCUCUUUCCCCCAAAAUGGGCUCUUUUGCCUGCUGAAUUGCCCCGUGGUAAGUUUGGGAAGCUCUCAAACAGAAGUGCGAAGAGCUGUGAUUUUGGAAAUAAACGGGGACUCCUCUGUUUGGGACUCAUCCCCUCUGGUGGGCCCCAAACGCUCUUUGGAUCCCAGCUUACGUCCCAAGGGGGAAAAAAGGGAACAAGAUUCAAACCUGCCGGCUGGGAGACGUAGCGUUUGACACGCUAUGGGGAAAGCACUGAUCGAACGUGUUAGGGAAUAUCUUUUUGCCUGCUGCAUAUAGGACACUUGGAGUUCAGUCCCCAUGACAUGGUUAAAAGAGGCAUUUCAGGUCGUGUUGGAGAAGAUGUGACCGGUCUUCGAAAGGGGAUAAGUGUUUUUUGGUUAUUAAGGAAAAAACUGUUUUUUUCUGGAAAUGUUCUAAGUUGACAUCAGUGUACCUCUGUUAGCCUCUAUUCAA